GCGGCUGACCAAAAAGGCAUCGCACCUGUGGAUCGUCGAUCAUUCAAUCCAACGGUCCAUGAAAAACCCUAAUCUCAUCUCACCCCCUGAACUUGAUUUAUAAGCCCCGCAUUGCCUCUCUUCAUUCUCUCCCUCUUACGGACUCUAUAUCUUUUCUUGUGCUCUCCAGUCUAGAGUCCUCUCACUCUCUCUUUGCAUCUUGAUAUCGGUUUUGCUAAAUAGAACAGAAUGGGUAAGGAGAAGGUUCACAUUAACAUUGUGGUCAUUGGCCACGUUGACUCUGGUAAGUCGACCACUACUGGUCACUUGAUCUACAAGCUUGGAGGAAUUGACAAGCGUGUUAUUGAGAGGUUUGAGAAAGAAGCUGCUGAGAUGAACAAGAGGUCAUUCAAGUAUGCUUGGGUGCUUGACAAGCUCAAAGCUGAGAGGGAACGUGGUAUCACCAUCGAUAUUGCCUUGUGGAAAUUUGAGACCACCAAGUACUACUGCACUGUCAUUGAUGCCCCUGGACAUCGUGACUUUAUCAAAAACAUGAUUACUGGUACCUCACAGGCAGACUGUGCUGUCCUCAUCAUUGACUCCACCACUGGUGGUUUUGAGGCUGGUAUUUCCAAGGAUGGACAGACCCGUGAGCAUGCUUUGCUUGCUUUCACCCUUGGUGUGAGGCAAAUGAUUUGCUGCUGUAACAAGAUGGAUGCCACUACCCCCAAAUACUCAAAGGCCAGGUACGAUGAAAUUGUGAAGGAAGUCUCAUCCUACAUGAAGAAGGUGGGAUACAACCCUGAUAAGAUUCCAUUUGUUCCCAUCUCUGGUUUUGAGGGAGACAACAUGAUUGAGAGGUCAACCAACCUUGACUGGUACAAGGGUCCAACCCUCCUUGAGGCUCUUGAUCUGAUCCAUGAGCCCAAGAGGCCAUCUGACAAGCCCCUCCGACUUCCACUUCAGGAUGUGUACAAGAUCGGUGGUAUUGGUACUGUCCCUGUGGGUCGUGUGGAGACUGGUGUCCUGAAGCCGGGUAUGGUUGUUACAUUUGGACCUUCUGGUCUUACCACUGAAGUUAAGUCUGUUGAAAUGCACCACGAAGCCCUUCAGGAGGCACUUCCCGGUGACAAUGUUGGGUUCAAUGUGAAGAACGUUGCUGUGAAGGAUCUUAAGCGUGGUUAUGUUGCCUCAAACUCUAAGGAUGACCCAGCCAAAGGAGCUGCGAGCUUCACCUCUCAGGUCAUCAUCAUGAACCACCCCGGGCAGAUCGGUAAUGGAUAUGCUCCUGUGCUGGACUGCCACACCUCCCACAUUGCAGUCAAGUUUGCUGAACUUUUGACCAAGAUUGAUAGACGGUCUGGUAAGGAGCUGGAGAAGGAGCCCAAGUUCCUGAAGAAUGGUGAUGCCGGUAUGGUGAAGAUGCUUCCCACCAAGCCCAUGGUUGUUGAAACCUUCUCUGAGUACCCACCACUUGGUCGUUUUGCUGUGAGGGACAUGAGACAAACAGUUGCAGUUGGUGUUAUCAAGAAUGUUGACAAGAAGGAUCCAACUGGUGCCAAGGUCACCAAGGCUGCCCAGAAGAAGAAAUGAGGAUUGUUUGCUUGAAGGGAUUUAUUUGCUUUUGUUAUUUAAAAUUUUGUCAGACUUUUAUGUUAGUUUUGUAUUAGGCUCCAGAUGUUCCUCCCAUUGUGCCUUUCUUGCCCAUUUUGUGGGUUAGUGAUGGAUUUUAGUGAGUUGGUGUGAAUCUCUCCCUACAAUGGGCUGUCCAUUUGUAGUUUAUUUUUAGGCGUGCAAUAGUUUUUCAAUUUUGUAUGAGUUUAAAGUUUGAACUGCUAACUGAUUGUGCUUGCUUUUCACAUCUUUAAAAAUUUCUAGCUUUAAUUU